UUUUGUACCGCAGAUUCGUCCUACAGGAUCCGUUAAGAGCAGUUUACAUCAUUUGAUUGAGUUUAAAAUCAUUAUUUCAUACCCAACCGUUCAUCCCCAGAACCCGGUUUCCGUCAGUUAGAACGGUUCUCCCCUCUCCAGCAGCAUCAGCUCGGUGGUUUUGAGGUGAAAUUAGAGGAAUAAUGUCGUCGGGAAGCCCUGAAUACUCGUCGUUCUUCGCAGUGAUGGGCGCCUCAGCGGCGAUGGUCUUCAGCGCGUUGGGCGCGGCGUAUGGCACGGCGAAGAGUGGCACGGGGAUCGCUGCCAUGUCUGUGAUGCGUCCGGAGCUGAUCAUGAAGUCCAUCAUUCCUGUGGUCAUGGCGGGAAUCAUCGCUAUAUACGGACUGGUGGUGGCCGUCCUCAUCGCCAACAGCAUCUCAGACAAGAUCACUCUGUACAAGAGUUUCUUGCAUCUGGGUGCGGGUCUGAGUGUGGGUCUGAGUGGGCUUGCGGCUGGGUUUGCCAUCGGCAUCGUGGGAGAUGCGGGCGUCCGUGGCACCGCCCAGCAGCCGCGCCUCUUCGUGGGCAUGAUCCUCAUCCUGAUCUUCGCUGAAGUUCUGGGUCUCUACGGCCUCAUCGUAGCCCUGAUUCUCUCAACCAAAUAAACUGGCAGUCAGCAUGCAGCGCUGCCGGACCACAAGACGGGGCACGUGAAACAAAAAAAAAAGUGGGAAGGGGGGAAAAAAUAAAUUAAGGUACCUUAAACUAAAAUGAAAUUAGAUGAAUUGAGAGGUGGGAAAAUAAUCCUACACAAUAUAACAGGCUCUGCGUUUGGUUUUAUCUCUGAAAGUGUACAGUCGUCCCAGUUUGAUGGUUUUUAUUUCUUGUAAAUUCGGUAUAAAGUGAUUUCGUCCUGUGUCUGUGAAGAAAAAAAGAAUAAUAAUAAUAUAAUACUAAUAAUAAUGCUGUAAUAGAUCUCAUUCUCUGUUUGUUUCCACUCCUGCCUAUCCAUCUGUUAGCCAAUCGCGCGCUCUCUUUCACUCCCUUCAUGUUAGAGAGGGAAACACACGUCUCUUCCCGUCACGUGAUUUGGGAGUUUUAUACAUUUCCAUUGGUGUCCAAGAAGUGUUUAAGAAGUGGAAAAACGCACUGACGAGUCUGUCUGUGGAAUGGAGUAGAUUUUGUUAAAACGUCCUUUUUUUUGUUUUCCACUGGUUUUAUUUAUUAAGAAUAUUGUUCAUGAAAAUGUACUUGAAGCUCCUCAGAUCCUUUUGAAUUGAUAUUUAUAUAAACAUAAAUAUAUAUAUAUAAAUACAGAUCUAUAUAUAAGAACAGAGCUGCACGGGCCGGGGUGCAGUCUGGGAGUAUUUCAGCUCGAUGUGUGUAUUUCUGGUUGUUUCUGUGUAUAUCUGAUGUUUGGUUGUAUUAAAGGUGUGCUUGUGCCCCUCGAUGGGUCUCGCAAGUGUAAUUUCCACA